AUGAGAUUUCCACUGUUGGCUUUGCUGGCCGACGCUGCCACAGUGGCGUCGGCGCUGCGAUACGUAAUGUAUUACGAUCAAUACCACAAUCUGUCCCUUCCUGACCCAUCUAUUGUGUCGGAGGUCACCCACGCCGUCGUGGCAUUUGCCCCCUGCGACACUUUCCUCGACAACGCAAACUCAUCAAGCUGGCAGCCUUUCGAGACGGUCCAGAGUGUCAAAACACGAUUCUCCUCCAAAGCGAAAAUUUGUUUAAGCAUUGGGGGCUGGGGGAGCAACACUGGAUUUGAGAAGGGCUCUAUUCCUGCAAACCAAGCGAGCUAUGCGAAUAACAUCGCUAGUGUUGUUCAACGACUUGGGUUUGACUGCGUCGAUAUCGACUGGGAAUAUCCUGGUGGCGGCGGCGCUGAUUACAAACUCGGAAAUGCCGCGAGCUCAAGCGAGGAACAGAUCAAGAACUAUCCUUCAUUCUUGGGAGCUAUCAAAGGUGCAGUUGGGAAUGGGAAGGAGCUCUCCAUCGCAGUACCAGGCCUUGAAGCAGACAUGGGCGCCUUCACGCCAGCUGUCUGUCAGGCUAUCGUGCCGAACAUUGACUUCGUGAAUGUCAUGUCGUACGACUUGAUGAAUCGUCGCUCAAGCAAGACGCAGCAUCACGCUUCCGUCACUGGUUGUAAACAGAGCAUGAGUGUGUAUAUCAAAAAUGGCAUACCAGCUGCCAAACUGAAUGUCGGAUUCCCCUUCUAUGCCAAAUGGUUCACGCUUCAGGCCGAUGCUAAAUGCGAGAACCCCAUCGGCUGUAGCGUCGAGGGCUUCGAGAACGCCGAUGGAUCGGACAAUGGCUUAUCGGGCAUCUUCACUUUUGAAAACUUCAACCUUGGCAGGCCACCGAGUUCCGUUUCUACCUCGAUCAAUGGACGAUGUGGAAGUGUAGAUGGGAUACACUUGAAAUGUCCUGACGCGAAUUGCUGCAGUUCUUCAAUGUACUGUGGCACCGGAAAGGAAUACUGCGGAAGCGGCUGUCUGUCUGGUUAUGGGCUUUGCACGGCACCAGUCACAACUGAGACUUUCCAGCGCGUCUAUCAAAGUGGCCAGAGCGAUGACACAAAUGGGGGGCAGUGGUAUAUUGAUAAAAGAACCAACACUUUCUGGACGUGGGAUACUCCGUCGCACAUUGGCAGGAAAUUUACGGACGUGGUAGCUGGGUUGCAACUUGGUGGCAUCAUGGCUUGGAGUUUCGGUGAGGACAGUUAUGAUUACGCGCAUGUCAAGGCGUUGCAAACCGGCUACAAGGGCACGCAAGCUCGCGCCAAGAGAAGAAAUUUCAAGGGGGAUGCUGCUGUUGUGGCACGGCGUUCUGAUCUUUGA